UUAAUAUUUAUCAAGGCCAGCCUUGACCGUUGUGACGUGACCACCAUAAAGCGAGCGAAGAGAUAAAAUAAAAGUUAGCGGUAGUGGCCAACCGUAUUUUGGAUUUGGAGCAUUUGAGAAGGAAAUAGAGACAUCAAUUGUGGGUCUAUUGGUGAUAAUAUCUUGGUUGUGUGGACAGAGCACCAGCCAGCAUGGAGGGCGAGGACGUGACUUACAACUUGGCAUCAGAAAUGCUCUUGAGGAGAUAUGCACCGUUCACCCUCAAGGAAAUCAAGGAAGAGAUUGCAGCCUCCAAAUCUCAAAACUUUGAAGUAGAUGCUCGAAGUUACUCUGAACAUACCGCCCUGAUGUUUGCCUGCUCAAGAGGGGACAAGAAGGUUAUUAAGUUUUUGCUUGAUAAAGGAGCUGACCCCAAUGCUCAGUGCGAAAUGGGAAAUACGCCUAUGCACUAUGCAAUUUCGAAUGUUGGUUUACAUUGUCCAUGCAACUUAAAGAGUGGUACCUGCGCCUACGGACUUCGACAUUAUCCUGACCGAUGUAAUACCAAGACUAAAUUGGAGAUCGUUAAACUUCUUCUCAGUCGUGGGGCUGUUUUGAAGGCAAAUGGCAAUGGACAAGAUCCAGCUUGUGUUGCAGCUAUGGAGACCAGGUCACAGAUCGUGGAUUUUUUUGUCCAGAAAAAUAAUCGAAGUGUCAAGUUGUCUGUUGCAGAGAAGGUGAGGGCACUCCAGACUCUUGGAGUUGCCACAGUGUUGGAACCACUUCGUGGGUAUCAAGAAGACAACAUCAUUGAUUCUUUUAGACAUUUCUACAAUGCUCAGUUAAUGCUUGAGAAGGCAGGUAAUACAAGGGAAGCAAGUAAUACAAGAGAAGGAGGAAAAGAAAAAUCAGAUCUUGCAUCUGCAUUCUCUCUUCUUUCACAAAAGCCGUACAAUUCUGCAGAAUGGAAGAAGAUCCAGAAAAAAGACUUUGCUAUAAGGACGCAAGCCCUUGUGGUAGCAGAAAGGGUUCUGCCUGAAAGUAUAAGAUGGGAGUAUCUUUUCCCAAGACUUCUCUACCAUGCUCGCCUUGGUAUCUUCAGGUUUGGAAACAUCAAGGACAGGCGGUUGCAAGGUAUUCAGAUCCUACAGGAAGCAAUGAAGUUGGAAGAGACGGAGGAGCUUGAAGUGACUACAGUACUUCGAAACAUAAUCCAUGGUUUCCACAUGUCAUCAUGGGAAUAUCUACAGCUUCAGGACAAUGUGAAAGAUUGCUUUCCAUUGAUGGAUACUUGCUUGGAAGGGAUAGGCAGAGCUUCAGAGGAUGAUGUACAUGCAGUCCAUAGGAAAGUGCUCUACAACCUUGGGACUCUCUUGUUGCAUCUUGCCCUUGAGACUUGCAGCAAGACAAUUGAGAUUUUUCAUUGGCUUUUGCAAUUUGCAGAGCGAACCGUUCAAGCCAUCCAAAAGAAAUCUGAAGGGCAGAGGGUCACAUCUAUCACUCAUUACAUCUUGCACAAAGCAGAAGUGUUAAACCUAGUUCAGGAGGAUCAAAGUGAGUGUUUGAUCCGUGUGAAGCACCUGAUAUCUAGGUUACUGAAGUAUGAAGAUGCAACUCACAUUACUGUUACUGGUGACACUAUGCUACAUACCUUGAUGAAGAAUGGUAGAUUUGGUGCUAAUCCCCAGUUCCUGAAAGAUGUAACUCGCAUUCUCAUUAGACAUGGAUGUGAUAUCUCUGAGGUAAAUGACGAUGGUCUGACAGUUGAAGAGCAGCUACGGGAGGAGCCUUUGAAAUCUAAUUGUGAAGAUAUUGUUGAGAUGGUUUCUGUGCCAUCAUCUGUCUUGCCUUUGGAAGAAAUUGCAAUCCGAGCCGUCCUUCGCCACAAGAUACCUUUUGAGGGCAUCGUACCAAGGCAUCUAUCAGGCUUGAUAACAGGAGACAUUCAGCCAGAUAGCAAGUAUCAGUCAGCUGAACUGUCAACUGAAGACUCUGAUUCAGAGACAGACCAGUGGUUCUCUGAUUCUGAAGAUCUAUCCUCAGACUCAUAUGAUAUGAACAAGCAGCCAAUCGAUCUGUAUGAAAGCAACACAGAUUUUUCAGACUUUUCAGGCUCUGAGCCUGUCUUGCUUGGUGUUGCACCUGCCCAUGAAGAAAUAGAAUCUUAACUUACAUGUAACUCAAGAAAAUAGAAGCUAAAGAUCAUGGAGAUGUUGAUAGCCAUGGAUCACAUGUGGGUAACACUUCCCAUUUUUUUCCUUUUCCAUUCAAGCUAACAGGAAUGUAAGCAGUAUUUCACUGGUGUCUGACUUGUUGCCCUAUCGUUUGAUUAUUUCAUAUGAAUAUUAAUUGAUUGAGCCGUUUAUCUGUAUGUGAAACUGUAUCCAUACAUGCACAAUGUAAAUCUUUACAUGUAUAUAAAAUUGGCUUGUGUAAUUCCUCCCAACAUAAUUUACUAUAGAGUUAUUAGGCGUGACUC